AUGCCGGAGGAGCAGGGGGCGGUGCAGCACACCACGUUUUCGAAGGCCCUCUAUGAUCUGACCCAUUCAGAGAAGGUGAUGGAUGAUCUAACAUUUGGACGGCGGGUAGGGCUCUAUGAGUUAAGAGGGGAGAUCGGUGCCGGCAACUUCUCCCAAGUUAGAUUGGGAAUACAUGACCUAACCAAAGAGAGAGUGGCAGUAAAAAUCCUGGAUAAGGUGCAUCUGGACAAGCAAUCGAAGGCACUUUUUACCUCAGAGAUCUCUUGCAUGGAGAAGCUGGUCCACCCCAACAUAGUGCGUCUGUAUGAGGUGGUGGAGACAUUCAAGAGGCUCUAUCUGGUAAUGGAGUAUGCCAGUGGUGGAGAGCUGUUCUGUCGGAUUAGCACCAGGGGGCGCCUCUCGGACCUGGAGAGCAAACUUGUCUUCUCUCAAAUCGUCUCUGCAGUCAAAUACAUGCAUGAUAGUAAUAUUGUCCACAGGGACCUGAAGGCAGAGAAUAUCUUCUACACCAACAACUACUGCAUUAAAGUGGGUGACUUUGGUUUCAGCACACCAUGCUGCCUACCUAACAAUGUCCUUCACACUUUCUGCGGCUCUCCACCCUACGCAGCCCCCGAGCUGUUCAAAGAGAAAGGUUACAUUGGUCAAUAUGCAGAUAUUUGGGCGCUGGGUAUCUUACUUUACUUCAUGGUGACUGCCACUAUGCCAUUCAAAGCCACUACCACAGCCAGGCUUAAGUGUUGUAUCUUGCAGGGCUCCUAUGCCAUUCCCUCUUAUGUACCCAUAUCAUGCCAGGAGAUCAUUAAAGGACUCUUGAGGCCCGUGCCUGUGGAUCGCCUCACUCUGACGGACAUCAUGGCCAGUAACUGGAUGAGAGGCAUUGACUACCCUCAGCCCUACCCUACUUGUAACCCUACUCCAUCCCACUUGGCAGAGCCCUCCUACAACCACAGUCCAGAUGAACUAAAUGUUAAGGCAGCUAUGGAGGAUCUUGGCAUCACCAAGGUCCAUCUCAUCAACAAUGGCGUAGAUUUGAGAAGCCCCGUUACUGGGGCUUACCGGAUUUUGUUACAUCGCAUUCAGAAGAGAAGGUCUGUGGAAGCUGUGGGAUACAGCCAGACCUGCACCAAAGAGUCCCACAACAGACUCAGAUGGAGAGCAGGCUCAGACAGCCUGCUGAACAAACGCCACUCUGUGGUCUGCAUCAUCAUGUAG